AUGAACAACUUCCAAAUGUACCGGCACAUACAAAACCCGGGUUGGACAUUAGGCUGGACAUGGGCAAAGAAAGAAGUGAUUUGGUCAAUGGUUGGCGCGCAAACAACAGAGCAAGGAGAUUGUUCCAAGUUCAAGGGAAAUGUACCUCAUUGCUGUAAGAAAACCCCGACGGUCGUUGAUCUCUUGCCAGGUGUGCCUUACAAUCAACAGUUCACAAACUGUUGCAAAGGCGGUGUGGUUGCAGCUUGGGGUCAAGAUCCAUCAUCCGCUGUAUCACAGUUUCAGGUUAGUGUUGGUUUGGCUGGAACUACAAACAAGACUGUCAAGCUUCCUAAGAACUUCACAUUGCUUGGUCCCGGGCUUGGUUACACCUGCGGUCCUGCCAAAAUCGUGCCAUCGACAGCUUUUCUCACAGCUGACAAACGACGGAAAACCCAAGCUUUGAUGACAUGGAAUGUUACCUGCACAUACUCACAGUUUCUAGCCAGAAAGCAUCCAAGCUGUUGUGUCUCCUUCUCUACUUUCUACAACGAUACCAUAACUCCUUGCCCGUCUUGCGCUUGCGGUUGCGAGAACAAAAAGAGCUGCGUCAAGGCUGAUUCAAAGAUUCUAACUAUGAAAGGUAUCAACACACCGAAGAAAGACAACACUCCUUUGCUACAAUGCACACAUCAUAUGUGUCCGGUUAGAGUUCACUGGCACGUCAAAGUUAACUACAAAGACUAUUGGCGCGUGAAGAUAGCGAUCACAAAUUUCAAUUACCGGAUGAAUCAUACAUUAUGGACUCUAGCAAUUCAACACCCAAAUCUCAACAAUGUGACUCAAGUUUUCAGCUUUGAUUACAAACCAGUUGCUCCUUAUGGAUCCAUAAAUGAUACUGGAAUGUUCUAUGGAACGAAGUUUUACAAUGAUCUAUUAAUGGAAGCUGGACCUUCAGGGAAUGUUCAAUCAGAGGUUUUGCUACAGAAAGAUGUAAAGACUUUCACUUUCAAGCAAGGUUGGGCUUUUCCUAGAAAAGUUUACUUUAAUGGCGAUGAAUGUAUGUUACCUCCACCAGAUUCAUACCCUUUUCUACCAAACUCUGCACAGAGAAACUUCGCUUCUCUCUCGACACUAUCUCUCACCAUUCUUCUUCUUCUAUUCAUCUCAAUCUGGUGA